AUGUCUAGCGACAAGGACAACCAGACUAUGGGGCCGAAGCAGUGCUACUUCUGGAACCUGCCGGCCGAGCUACGCCUCAACAUCUACGAAGCAGUCCUCGGAGACUUCAACAUCGGCGUCGAAGACGAGGAAAAGUGCGUCACACCACCAAUUAUGCAAGUGUGCCGAAAGAUCUACCACGAAGCGAAGCAAAAGUACAGCGAGAGACUCUCCCAUUUACGAAGUGCAGCAACAGAGGGCUACCGCCAAGCGCAAGAAGAGUUCCAUGAAGCAGUCAAAAAGCAUCUAACGCUGCUGAACAAAGAAUCGCAUGAUCGUAUGGAGAAUUCAGAAGUGGUAUAUGAUGCCAAACUCGACUUGGAGGUGGAAGUGUGUGACAGAGUGGCGUUAGAGAUGCGGAAGAUGGCGAGAGCUGCUGGGGUAGAUCUGGACGAGAAGUACCACCGCAUCGCUGAUGGAAGUGAGCUCACCUCGCUUGGGCGCUGA